AGUCAUGCAUGUUUAAUGAUUAAGUGAUCUGCAUUAUUAUGGAGUAUAUUGUGCAUCUUUACUUUUGUUGAUAUCUUCCUUAUUUGAAGUUAUAUGUUCUAGAUAAAAUAAGCACUUUCAAAUUUGAGCCGAUGUUAAUUUUACAGUAAAAGUAUAUACAGCAGUACAUUUGUUGUAGUUGGAACAUUCAGCUUAGGAGUAAAACAUACUUCUAUUUUGAUUAAAAGCCAAUCUUAUCAGAUGAAAAAUAUUAUUUGAGACGAAUGCUUACAAGUGAAAUUCACAUAAUAUUAUGUUCAUUCAGUGAAGCAGCCCAUAUAGCAUGGCAACCAACGAAUUAUGUUUAUCUGGACAGUCAAAAAGAAACGAUUCCGAAUUUGGUUUAAUAAAAAUUGCCAAGUAUUGGAUAUUAAAGACUCAUAAUACGACAAAGCGUCUUACAUUUCUUGACAAUGUGAAAGAUGUUGUAACUGACGAAAACAUUUUAAUAGCAGAUGACCAGUUAUAUGAAAUACGCAAUGAUGAAAAUGGCGACUUUUCUUUUUGGAAGGUAGAAGACUUGUCACACGACUCAGGCUAUAGAAGUAAGAAAACGGAGAGCAGACAGCCAAUUAGCCGACAAGUUAAAACUGAGUGUGAUGACAAUACGAUCAAUGAAUCGCUUCCAAUUAUUCAAGAAAUGUCAGCUGAUAAAUUGUAUCCAGUUUCUAUUUAUGACGAAAUAAAGGAAGACGUAUGUACGAGAAAGGAUGCACGAUCAGAUGUCAAUUCUAAAAUGAAUAUUUUCACAGAACAUUCUCGCCAGAUUAUACGUUUAGAAACAACAAAGGACUCUGCUACCUAUACUGGAGAUAUAAAGUCUGAUAUGUACCAGGGAUCAACUGAAUACAUUGGUUGUGGCAUUGAACAAGGACACAAUGAGUAUGAUUCGCUUGGACAUAGAAAUACUGUGGAGUACAGUGUAAUAGAAACAGCAAAUAUAACAUCCAAAUUAUCCAGCGCUUCAGAAGUACACUCCAAAGUACACAAGUUUGAUCAUACAGAUCCUUCAGGUUUAGCGCCAGCUGAAAAAGAAAACUCCAAACAGGCUGUCAGGCCAUCUAUGCGAGAUCCUAGAACAGAAAUUAGAGAUCUGGUGCAAGAAUUUGAAGUGGAGGUGGAACCAUCAGGUCUAGCAAAGCCGUGUGGUAUCGAAGGUAAAAUGAUACUGGUAGUACGGAAUAACGAUAUUUCCUUUGAAGAUCCGAUCACAAAAAGAGUUAAAUACAGUUUUCAGCUAUCUUGGAUUAGAGAUUUUGCAAAUCGUGAAUCACGCUUUCUUCGACUUACCGUAGGAAGGAAAUGCCCAAAUGGAAGUGGAUCAGUGAACUGCGUAACACCUUAUGCAAAAAUAAUCAAGGCAUUGGCAUCCCAAAAAUGUCGCGAAAAAGCAAAUCAGAGAAAGACAGACUGCAAACGUAAGCCAUCAGAGAGUUCGUGACACCAACAAAGAACUUGGUACAAGGACACUCUUAUAGAACAAGUAAAAGGUAAUAACAGACACCGUGGCAUAGGUUUCAAAACGUGGAUCUCACACUUGUGACGCCUGUGGCAAAGCCCUCUGAUUUAUAUAUAAUAAAGCCCUAUCAAGUAUAUUCCCAUCAAUAUAAUUUAUUUGCAAAUAAAGUUAUUAGUUUCACUGGUAUUAGGUAUGGGGAUUUUACCAUGACAUAUUACCAAAUAGUGUGUGUUGUGGAGAUCUUCACCUUGUUUACUUUUCUUCGUUCUGUUUAUAUAUCACAGCAUUUUAUCACAUCAUAUGAACCUCUCAGUUGAUAAUUUUAGUAUUUAAUUAAAUCAAAAUAGGAACAAAGAACAGACUGGUUUCCAUUGAGACUGUUCAUGGCAGGUCAUAAUUUAGAUCAAUCAAAUUACACAAAUAUUAAUCCUACCUGGCAUCCACCUAUACAAUAGAAAAUAACAAUGAAGCAACUGUAUGAUUCUAAACUUGGUCAUAGGUCAUGUCACGUCAAAGAGCUUUUUUGUUUUCAUAUAUUAUGUGCCAUAUGGUACAAGAAACAUUAUGCUUUAAUAGUGGAUGUGAUUUUAUUUUAUAAGAUUUAAUACAUUUCUCGAUGCUAUACAAUUUACAAGUACUUAACCGUGUUCGCAGUCGACAAUGACCCAGUACUAACUGGGGGUAAAAUAUUUAUCAGUGACAUGACAAAUAGGACAAUCUGCAAUGGGACUAUAUGGAAAUUAAAGUUAAGUAAUUGAAGGAAGUUUCAUUAAAGCUAAAACAACAUGCUUGAUACUGAUCAAAUUUAGACCUCAGCCUUAUGUUUGGUCAAUGUUGUAGUUAAGGAGCGCCUUUGUUUCAAUGGAGUGUUGUGAAAUUUUCACAAAUUUAUGUCGACGAUAAUUCCAACAAACUGUUGUUUUUUCCUCAAUUUCUGGUAUUAUCCAUUUUAUUGCUGUAUAUCUUCACACAUUACCACUAAAGUUGUUUUCCCAGCAGUAGCCUAAUUGACAGCGUUUUGAAGAAGGUCUUUAAUAUACAACAAACAUGGUAAAAAGUAUAGUUGUAAUCGGGCUUCUGAAGAAAAUUGACUGCGUCCGACAUAUUUGCUGGAGACCGUAGGUUCAACCCAAGGCGUGAAAAAUGAUACCAUUAGAUCCUUUGCUUAGCGUUUUGACUUGUCUUCUAUCAUAUAUGCAUUCUUCUAGCGAUCGAUUAAAUAAGAUUUGAUGUCAAGUGUGAUCUAUAUGAGUGGUUUCACAAUCGACCUGACAUAAAUUAGUAUAUACUACUAAAUGCAUUGUGUCAAGCAUUACACUUAUUAUAUUUUAUAUACAUGUUUACAUAAAACUUCUUUACCCUAAUAUACUUAUAAUUGUUUUGUUCUAUGUUAGAAAAAUUAAAUAUCUUAUUAUUGAAUCAGCCAUGUAAAUCUUCAGUCAGAAAUUUCGAUUCAGUAAAACAGCUGCAUUUCAAAUUGUUUAAAUUGUCUGUUUUUCGGCGAAUGCCGUAUUAAUAACGAAUUCGUGACCAUGCCACGUGAUUUCAGUUUGCAAGUCAGACUACUCGAUAACGCAUUAUAGAUAAUUUAUCAAAAUGAACGAUUUAUGCAGCACUCUGCCUGAUUGGACGACAGUGUCUAUUUGUUUCACUCAGACUUCAAGACCACUGCUGUAAUUAUUCGACAUAGAAAAAAAAACGAAACAAAAUUGCACCGUUACGAGAACUGUGUGAAAAAUUAAAAGAGAACCAUUUAAAUUGUUUA